AUGCGCUCAUUCAAAAUUCAGCCAACUCAAGACUUUAUUGAAGAUGUAUCACAGGAGGCUACACCUCAAAGCCCUCCGCAGACCCAUGUCCCUCUGUGGCAAUCUGUAAAACGAUGGCCUAGAGUUAUUGCUUAUUGCCUAGCUUUGAGCUCUGCCAUUCUAUUGUAUGGAUAUGAUCUUGUCAUCGUGGGAAAUGCGUCCGCGAUGCCAGCCUUCCAACACCGUUUUGGCGUCGAGCUUGAUGGAAAAUACAUUAUUCCAUCAAUGUGGUUGUCACUCUGGAAUGCGGCAAGUCCAAUAGGUAUGAUGGUUGGCGCCAUUUUCGGGGGAUAUUACCAGGAUCGCGGAGGACGCCGACUAUCUUUAGCAACCGGAAGCUUUCUGUCUGCAAUCGCCGUUGCAAUCUGUUACGUCGCCGAUUUGCCUGAUGAUAUGGAUUCACGACGGGGUGUUUUCUUUGCGGGAAAGCUCUUUCAAGGGAUUUGCAUCGGUAUGCUUUUGUGUGUGGUGCAGACCUAUAUGUCUGAGGUUCUGCCUGUCCUGCUUAGAGGCCCCAUCAUUGCUUUUCUGCCAAUUUUCACCCUUCUCGGUCAACUUAUCGGGUCGGUGGUUGUGUACACCUCUCUGAAGUACGACGGUGCUAAGGGCUAUCGCAUAUGUUUUGCAUCGCAGUGGGCAUUCUCCGCUGUCCCAUUCGUGUUGUCCGCCAUUCUUCCCGAAAGCCCGACAUGGUUGGUAAGGACACGUUCGUUCGAUAAGGCAUUAAACUCCCAACAGCGACUUGAUACUCAGAAGAUCAAUUCUGAGGCAACCAUUGAGGAGCUACGGACCUCCAUCAUGGUUGAAGAAGAAGAAAGUGCGUCGCAAACAUAUUCAGACUGUUUCAAGGGGGUGAACGCGAGAAGAACUUUCAUUGUCGCUUUCGCCAGUGCUUUGCCUCAACUAUUUGGUCUCCAACUUUUGGCCAAUGCAUCUUAUUUCAUGCAAAUCGUUGGUAUGAGCUCAACAAACAGCCUCAUAUUUCUCAUUUUGGGUAUCGGACUUGGCCUUAUCGCUAACGUGGUGAGCUUGUGGGUGUUGAAUGGUUUUGGUAGAAGACUUCUUUGUCUUGCCACGCUGGGAGUGUCGAUGGUUCUAUGGUUUGCGAUGGGUAUAGCGGGCUGCUUCACUGGAGUCGUAACUAUCUGGUACACAGCAGUGACUAUGAUGAUUGUCACCAUGGUUUGCGGUCUUGGGAUUUGGCCUGCUGCACAUGUUGUUGCUGCUGAGGCAUCCUCCCUGCAGUUACGAGCCAAAUCACAGGGUAUUGGAUGGUUUGUUAGCGGAGUGGCAACUGGCGUAUUCUCCAUCAUUUUGCCAUACAUUUACAAUGCGGACAAGGGUGAUCUCCGAGCUAAGAUUGGGUUCGUCAUGGCUGGAUUUGCGGCGGUUGGUAUAGUUGGAACUUGGAUCUCCGUUCCUGAGAUGAAAGGACGAUCACCGCUAGAGAUUGAUCGGAUGUUUGCGCUAGGGUUGUCCACACGAGAAUUUAGAAACUGGAAGAGUGAUGUGAUUUCGGAAAAAGACACAGAUGCAUUGAAUCGACCGGAUGGAGUGUGA